GUUCGCGCAUGUGCUGGCAGGAACUCAGUAAAUGGGGUCUGUUUGAAAUGUCAGCUAGCUCUCCUGUAGCUGAAAAGAAAAGAGAAGUAUCUGAUGAAAUUUCUUGGAAUUCUUCCCAGCUAGUUGGUUGAGAGCAGUCACUAUGGACAGUGGUAUUGAUAGCCGAGAGGACGUGGAGAAGGAGAGCUCCUCGUCUCCUGUGAUGGACCGUAAUCCCUCACCUCCACCAGACGCGGCCAAUGGAGCGGAGGAUGAAGAUGUGGAUGCCAUUGGAGACACCAUUUACAGCAAGCACUGGCUUUUCAGCACCCUGACUCGUCUCAUUCAGAUGGUCACAGAGCAUUCAGAAGAAAACUCUGAAGGUCAGAUGGAGCUCUCUGAUAAUGACGAGGAAGAUAUGUGUAGAGUGUGGGAUAUGGCAAUGGAUAAGGAUGUGGCUGGUUUUCUGCAGGAAUUCAAAGCCACUGAUAUUCUUCUUGGAGUGAUAUCCAAAUCUCGUUGUCCACGUCUCACAGAAAUUUGCGUAGGAAUCCUUGGGAACAUUGCUUGCUUUCCUGACACGUGUGUGACUCUCAGCCAAAAUGAAGAUUUAAGUGCUGUGCUCUUGCUCCUUCUCGGAGAUGCGGAUCCUCCAACCCUUCUAGAAACGAGCAGAUUGCUGCUGACGUGUUUGUCUCAGAAAGACGUUUGCUCCCUGUGGCUUGAGCGAAUACGACAGCAGACGUCUGUGUGCCCCAACCUUUGCUUCAUCAUGUCCAGUUCCACCAACAUCGAGCUGCUUGAGAAGGUUGGAGAACUGGUCGACAACUUGUUUGACCUUGAAGAAGAGCUGAUGAAGAGUUGGAUCACGGCUCAGCCGAGGGAAGAGGAAGAGGAAGAAGAAGAGGAGGGGGAGGAGGAGGAGGAGGGUAAAAGCCAUCUGGAUUUAGUCCCAUGUCUUCUUGAGGCAGCAAAGCAGCUAAGACCAGAGAGUCCGUACGGCGUGGACAUUUAUCUUCACAUCCUUCAACUCCUCACCACCAUAGAUGAAGGCAUUCAGGUUUUUGCUGCUCCCGAUGGACCAGGAAAAUCGAUGUGGGACUUUGUGUGUGACGUUGUGUGUGAGGAUCUCUGCCAGCCAGACGAUCUGCCCGUCGUCCUGCAUGAACAGAAGAGGAUUCUGUUGCAGGCGUUCGCUUUGUUGCAGGCUCUGUACAGAUGCAGGGACCAGUGGAGUAGCAAAAUUGACCCAAGUCUGCCACUCAUUGGGUCCAUCUUGCGGGUGUGCCAGUACCACAGUGAGUGCAAAGAUGACACAAACAAAGAUGACGCAAAAGACGACCAGCUACUGACUCUGGCAGAGAUCUCUGCUGAGUUUCUAUCCGACCUCUUCAGUGACAUCGCCAAGGACACGGUUGCAGAUUUGAUUAAGAAAGGUCUCCUGACAGAGAAGACUUGCCGCGCAGCCGCAGCCUCUUUGCUUCCCAAGUUUAAGACUUCAUUGCAGCACCUGCAGGCCGUGUUGUCAGAGACUGAUCCCCAAAUGGCAGAUGUGGUGAGGACACAGUUUCCUGCGUGAGGCGCCUUCCAGAUCCUCGUUCAGCCCUCCCUCAGACUAUCACCGCUGCUUUUUAUAGCGGCCGGUGUUUCCUCUCCAAAGAUCCAGCUUCAUGUCAGGCUAUUUGCAUUUCCACCGGAAAGACACUCUUAACCGAAGUCUGUACGAUUGAAGUUGUACCUGUGUAACUUCUUUUUCUUUUUUUUUAAUCGCUCUCAGAGCUCUAUUUUUGUAUUUAGUGUUUGAUUGUCUUUUAUUAAAAGUGAUUUGUCAUUGUGA